AUGCCAGCUCAAGUUUUUAUUAUUUCACCAAAAUUACCACGAUUCGAAGCAUCGAUAAGUAAAGAACAUUUUCCAGGAAAAAAUAAUUCACAUUCUGAACCAAAUACUCCAUUUGGUCAUCAAACAACAUUUUCAAAUGAUUAUAAAUUUUCAAGUGAUAAUAAAUUAUCAAAAAUUAAAAGAAAUUCUUCUAUGCGUAUAAAUCCACCAAAACCUAUAGCUGAUAGUUCAUUCGAUUGGGAUGAUGAUGAUCAAAAUUUUGGUCAUCAUAUAACACUUAUUCAACGUCAACGUCAAAAAUUUAAAGAAGCACUUUCUCGUAUUGAAAAUAAUAAAUUACAAAAUCCAACGCUUUCAUCUAUUGUUUCAGCACCAAUAGUUGAAAUAACUGCUGGAUUAGUAGCAUCAACUAUGAAUGAUUAUACAAUAACUCCAAAACGAGAUGAAAGUACAGAUUUAGAAAUUAUUCAAGGUCAAACAUUACUUCAUUUAGCUGCUAAACUUGGACAUGAAGAAAUAAUGCGUAUGUUAAUUAGUGAAACAUCACAUGCUAAUACAUUAUUAAAUAUACGAGGACAAACACCAUUACUUUGUGCAAUUGAAGCUGAAUCAACAUCAACAGCAACAUUAUUAAUGGAACAUGAUCCAUUAUCAUUAACAUGUAAAGAUAAUAUUGGUUCGAGUGUAUUUCAUUAUGCAACUGAACAAUGUAAUUAUAUUGUUUUAUGUCGAGCUAUAUCAUUACUUAAACGACUUAGUUCAAGUACAACUCGAUUAAUUGCAUUACAACGACUUAUUGAAAGAAAUGUUAAUGGUAAAACACCAUUUGUAAUUGCAAUUGAAAAAGGUUCAUUAAAAUGUAUUAAAUAUAUAUUAAGUAGUAAAUGGUUACAUCGAAAUGUUGAUAUAGGAGAUUUUAUAAAUGCUGAUUCAUUAAAAACAACUAUUGAUAAAGAUCAAACAGAGAUUGCAUCAUUUUUUGUAUCGAAUACACGACGUUUUGCAGCUAUUAUACAAAUAAAAAUUAAUGCUAAUGGUCAUAUUUAUAAUGUACUUGAAUAUUCAAUAGCAUUAAAAAAAUCUGAUUUUGUUCGAAUAUUUAUUAGUGUUAGAAUUCCUAAUGAAGAACGUGAACUUUAUCGAUCAUAUAAAUAUUUUUUAAAACAUUAUAAUGUUGCUUAUUCAGGUUCAAGUUAUGAUCAAACACCUAUACAACGAAUGUUGACUAUGGUAAGUAAAUAAAUAGAAAAUAAUUAUGAAUUUUUGUUUUUUUUUAUUACAUGGCAAGUUUACAUAUAAUUUGAUAAAACAUUUUCUCAUCUAGAAGAUGACUCAUGUGAAUUGUUGUAAUGUAUAAAAAUUCAUUGACGUUAUAUUUUGACUUGUUGACAUUCAUUAUCAUUCAUAUGACGUCAGGAAUAUAUUACAUUAGAGAAGAUUGACAUAUACGCAAUACACAUGCAAUAUGUCAAGGAAAUCUUGGAAAGGUUUCAAAUUAAUUAUUUCAUAAUAAAUAUUAUCCUACGAUCAAUAGAUUCAUUAGUCAAAUUAAUCAGCUAACAAACUUUCGAAAAUUUUUUACAAUUGAAAAUAAUAUGUAAUUAUAGAAUUUUUGAUCGAUUUAUUUUUCUAAUUUUUCAGUUUAUUAAGUUUAAAUACAACAAGAAUUAACUACAACCGUAUAUUGUUUUUUUUUU